AUGAGCCAAGAAACUUCGGCGGGUUUCCAUGUACCGCCUUCUUGUCCUUUUACCAUUGAGGUGAUCGAAACCAGCGGGCUGACAAACUCGAAGUCGUACCUGAUCCGAGAGCAUGAUCGGUACGGCGAAUUCCCGCACAUCUACGCAAAGAUAUGCGGUACCCCCUCGUCUGCUACACUGAGAAGUAAUCCCGAUCUUAAGCACAGCAAGGUCUGUUGGGCACCGGGAGCUGCUACCCAGAAUGAGUCAGAGGGGUAUAAGGUCAUUGUCCUCAGCGACACCGGUUGCGGGACUGAAGUGCCGAGUUCAACAAGUUCCCAUCCAUCCUCUGUGGGCAAGGAGAAUGGCGAGCAGAACCAGUGCAACAAUGAGCGUGCUGAACCUGAGGUCUGGAAUAUACGCACGUUUCUCGAAUACACGAUCAACCCGGGAGGAAGGGUACCCUACCUUGUCAUGACCACCCAUUGUCACUACGACCAUAUCAUGGGCAUCGGGAAAUUACCUCCUACCUCAACCGCAAUAGACCUCGAGAAUAUCAGAGACCUGGCACCGCGCGAUCUGGUGUCUAACGAUAGGUGGUCCGCGCGCCCCCCGACGACAGUCUUAUCUUCCUCCUACGGCAAACCGUUCAUUACACCCUACUCCAACCUGCAGAACCACAGCCUGUGCAACACACUCGGCCUCCAGGCCCCACGAUACGACGUCGGAAUGUGGGCGGACGACAAAUCCCGCGUUGUCUUUACGCACCCGACCAUCUCGUCCUCGUCCUCGUCUUCGACAGCUUCCUCUCCUCCCAGCAUCACGACACCGCUGACAAUCCUCCACACGCCGGGCCACACCCUAGAUUCUCUUUCAUGGUACGACUCGGACCUCCGCCUCUUGUGUGUCGGGGACAGCUUCUACGUCAAAGAGACGCCGUCGACCCAGAAUGCAAAGUGGGGGCCGGAGCCGCCCAUGCCGGUCAUUUUCGACCUGGAGAGUGAUCUGGGACAGUGGUGGGGGAGUCUGAAGAAGGUCCUGGACUUUGUGAGGGAGAGGAAUGCUGAGAGCGAUAAGGAGGAGGGUAUUGGGGACGAGCGGUUGAGAGCGACAAGGAAGGGAGAUGACGAGGCUGACGCUGAUGCUGAAGAUGAUGACGAUAGCUUCGUACACAUCAACGCUGAAGAGGUGUUGUCUGCGUCAUCAAAGACAGAAGUGGAAAUGGAUUCCAAAGAGAAAUCCCAAACCACCACCAUGCAAUCUCCUCCUGUGGAAGUGUCAGGGCCAAAGAGAAUCAUUACCGCAGGGAACCAAGAAAGGCCACCACGAGCACAGACGACGCAGCAAACUGGCUUCGACAUCCCUUCACCCAGCAAACGCGGCGUCAUUGCGUUACCGAUCCUCUCAACUACUCCCAGGGGCGCCCGCGGCCGCCUCCGGGCAGAUGCGGAUCCCGACAAGACUGACGACGAGGACGUGUGGAUGAUGGUCGUGGACCCGGUUACUCGACCGCGUCCUCAGCGCAAUCCCCUCCGUCUCGAUCCUGUCAUAACAGCGCAGGCGCGCCGUGUUCACACAACAUCUCUACCGACCUCCUCCUCCUCCUCGCGGAAGAAGGACAGAAAUCCCCUCCCCACUGCCCAGCGCCUCUCUCCCCAGCCCCAAAUCUCAGUCCAAACUCACGGCCACGGCCGCGCAAUCAAACAUGCCCCCCGAGUCCGCCUCUGCGCCGCACACACAACGCUCUCCGUCGACGCGGAGCGCGCCAUUCUCGCGAUCCAGCGCUUCAUGACGAGGAUUCUCGAGAACGACGUGCCCUGCGAACGGGCCGAGGAUGGACCGAGAGGCGAGGAGCGCUGGAUCUGGGACGAUGCGUUGUCCUCUUCUCCCACUCUCGAGAGCGCUGGCGUCCGUGUUGUUCGGGAUCUAGAGCGCGCGGAACCUGCGCAGCAACAUGGUCUUGGACACGGGUCUGAGCUGGAUGGGAACGUGCCGUGUACGCCUGCUGCGGCGCCUGCUCCAAACACAGGAAGCGACAGGUCCAAGUACAACUACAGCGUCCUCGCGCCGCUGAGUGUGAUAAGGCAAGGCCGGAGGAGCAUUCUCGGCCUCACUGGCCCGGCUGGGGUUGUCUAA